AUGAUGUAUCGUUUUGUUCAGGGUAUUAUGGUUGGGGUUUUACUUUCAGUAAGUUUGCAAGAUUCUAUCUUAAAUCUAAACAAACAGGUGAUGAGUAUGAUUAUGAGAAAGAAAAGAGAUUUGCAUCUUGUCUUUUUGACAGCAAUAAAUACUGUGAUUUUGAAGGACAAUUUCCAGAGAAAUAUUCUUUUAAGAAAUUUAAAGGACAAAUUCCAGAAGGAAAGAAAACACCAUUUUUACAAUUGGUACUGGAACCAAUUUAUAAAGUGA